AUGGGACCCCAACGUUGUUUGGGAAUAUAUGUUGGCUAUAACUCACCAUUUAUCAUCAAAUAUCUUGAGCCCCUGACGGACGAUCAGUUUACCACACGUUUUGCAGAUUGCCAUUUUGAUGAGACAACAUUCCCAUCUUCAGGGAAAAAGGUGAAGCCUCAUGAAGUAAGGCUUGAGCUUUCAUGGAAAGUGAAUUCUAUGUCUCAUUUAGAUCCUUGCACAUCUCAAUCUGAAAUUGAAGUGGAAAGAAUAACACAUUUGCAAAAUAUUGCCAACCAAAUGCCUGAUGCAUUUACAGAUGCAGUGGAAAUAACAAGAUCAUAUAUUCCUGUUGUCAAUACACUAACAAGGAUUGAUGUUACCAAUGAACAAUCCAUAUGGGUAGCGAUAAAUUCAUCUGUUACACGCCAAAAGCAUGGUAGGCCUAUUGGAGGCAAUGAUACCGUUCCUAGGAAAUGA